AUGAGUCCUCCUUUUGCGGUGGAUGAUCGCGGGCGGGGCGCUUCUCGGAACUCGGGGCCGACUUCGUCUCUCGCGGGAUUCGCUCCGCCGAGUUUUUCUGCCUCGUCGUCGGCGUCCUAUCCGUCCUCCUCUGGUUCCUCUCUCGGCUCGUCAAUGUCUUCAAAUCCCCACUGUCCCCUUCCGGCGCCGUCGGUGCUCUUUGGACGCCACAGUCGGUUCAGCUCGGCGCUUCGGUUCGACCGAAGCAGCCUGAACGGGGCGGCAGGUUUGGCGGGCGGAGACGGCGGCCGAAGUCGCGUGGCGCCGGGAGUGUCGCCGACGCAGCAACAUGCUUGCAUGUACGUGAGUCUACAGCGCAAGGGCCUGAGAGACUCCGACAUUCGGGACUUUGUACAGUGGCUGUCCGCGUCUUUACAACAGCAAUUACGACAGCUGUCUGUUGGGCGCGGCGAGCCGCUUCUGCCAGGCGGCGCGGGAGGAGCAGCUCCAGGUGUCUCGGCGUCGGCCCCUGCGGUCUCCGGCGGCGCCGUGCCUGGGGCGGGGGGCCUCUCCAAGGGAGAUCGGGGCGCAGGGGACACUGAGGGAAAUGAUAAGGGCGGCGAGGGAGCAGCCGCCGCUGGGGUUGCGUCCGAGCCGGUAUCGCCCUUCCUCUUUACUUGUUGUUUAGAUGUCUCUGAGAACUUCAUCACUGCUGACGGCUUGUCGCAUCUUCUCGGCUUCUUCCAAGCCCAUCCCUCUUCAUUUCGUCUCACCAAAUUAAAGCUGUACAAGAACCGCCUCGGUGAUGCAGGUGCUCGCGUCCUCGCUGCCUACAUUCAGUCUUCGCCGCUUCUUUCGUCUGCCUCGCAGUCCACUGCGUCUGGGCCUUCUACAUCGUCUUCUUCUCUUCGCGCGACUCGGAGCGUCGGCAUUGCCACCGCCUCUCGGCAGGGCAAGCUAGGGGCAGGGGGCGGGGCGCCGUCUGCGCCGCUCCUCCCGCCACCAGCUCUGGAAGAACUGCACUUGUCUCACUGCGAUAUAACGGCGAAAGGGUGUCUCUGUCUCCUGGACGCGGUCGCCGCGGUGGCGGACGACAAGGGCCGGUACCUCUACCCGCGAUACGACGCCAUGCGUCGCUCGCUCGUCCCGCUGUGGCUCCGUCUCGAGUAUAAUCACAUCCAAGACCCGCUGAGUCUGCUCAAACAGUGGACGGCAAACCUGAAGGACAAGCGCCCUGCGCCCGCUGGGUCCGGCGCGCCGGCGACCGCGUGUGGGGGGAUCUUCCUCUCGUUUGCGUGCUUCGCCGAGAAACUGCCCUUGUCUUCUGGCGGCGGGAGGUCAGGCGCGGCCGCAGGGGUGGCCUCGGGAAGCGGAGAUGGCUCAGGCGCCUACUUCCACUGCACACCGGCGCGCUGUUGCCGCGCGACGGCUACCUUCGCGCCCAUCUUCCACGUGUACAUGAUCACGCAUCAGAGCAAUGGGUCGGCGCCAAGCUCGAACCCUGCGGCUGGCGCAGCUGCCUCUGCGCUCGCGUCGGGAGGGAACGGCGUCGCGGAGGGCUCCGCGGCGGCGGGAGGGAAACAGGCAGGAGGCGGGGGCGGCGGCCCAGCUGCUGCGCUUCCGGCUCUCAUCGGCGCGCACCCGAGUGCGGCUCAUCUCCCGCCGCGGGCGACUGCUGGGGACGCCCACGGCUUACAACAAGGAAGGAGACGCUCGCUCGGCGGAGGUCAAGGUGCCGCGCCGCCUUCCGCGGCGAGCACGGCUCCCCAGGGGGGGGGCUCUAGCGGCGGCGGCGCCACUGGGUCAUCGCAGCAGACGAGUCGCCGAGGGAGCAGCGGAGGGAAAAAGCAGAGCCAGGUGCAGCAGCGCGGCAGGGCGCGGAGUAGCAGCGGAGGAAAGGACGCACGGGCGGGUGUGCCGGGCGCUCCAGGUUCUUCAAAGCUGCACGCAUGCAGAGACAGCAGCGGCGAAGGAAGGAAGGGGUCGGCCGCGGCUGCGUGGGACGGGGGGCGUGGCGAAGGCGAGGAAGACACAGACAGAGAAAGAGAGGCCAAGGGGGGACAAGGUCCGGGCUCGUGCCACGCGCCCUCUACGGGCGGGGCGAAGCGAGCGGAUGCAGAAGCCGAGGAACGGCGAGACAGUGCAAGGGCAGCGGCGCGUCGCGACCGGCGGGACGUGUCGCGCUCGUCCUCCCAGAAGGGGGGCGACCCGAAUGGGGAGAGGCUAGCUUCUCAGAGGGCGUUUCUCGAGAAAGAGAAGGCGCGCGGAUCUGGAGGAGGCAGAGAGGCUUCCCCGCUUGGUCUUGGAGUGGAAAUUGACAAGGCGGAAGUCGGGCGCUGCCUGCCUCUGUACAUAUUUUUGGAUGCGUCUGCAGUGCUGCAGAUGGCUGAGCUGAAGGACAGUGGGGCUGGCUCGUGUCGCUCUUCGUCUCUCUUUUUAUCAUUUCCGUCUCUGAAGACGCUCUGCAAAGAAAACCUCAUCGUUCACCGGGGACGCAACACUGUGUCUGCCACCUCGGGCGGCGGCUACGGCCCGACUUCGGGCGCGGGAGGCGCGUUCCCGGAUUCCCCAGAGAGUGAUUUGACGCUCUUGCUUGUCGUGGACGCUGUGCAGCAGGAGCUGCUGGGGAUGUCACGAGGCAGUUUCCUCGAUUCCUCCGAAAGUUCGUCGCUGGGAGGCGCUUCGGGCGGUGGACGGCAGGGAAUCGACGCGCUCGAGCAGCUUCACAGCCUCGCUACAGAUUUUUGUCUGGUGGAGUACGUGGGGUGUGUGCAGCGACCCCAGCCGACGCCUCCCGCAGCGGCGUGGGCGCGCCUCGACGAACUGAGUCGACAGGGCAGCGGGGGAGCCCGCAGAGGAGGGGGAGACGAAGGUCAGGGAGACGUGGCGGGAAGACCAGGCGCGGACCUCGAUGGACAGAGAAGAGGCAGACAAAGCGGCCGGCGUGGGGGGAGAGAAGCGUCUGAGCGGAGUGAGGACGGCAGAGACAGAAGCGCAAACGUGAGCUUCCUCCUGGAGGAGGAUGACCGGGAAGAAGGGAACGAUUUUGCGUGCCUCACUCCCAACGAAGUCAUGGCGGGACAACGCGACGCAAAGCUCUCCGUCCACACCCUGAAGACGAUCGACUACGCUCUUCUCUGGAAAGCGCAUCUCGAAGAAGUGUGUCUUCACGUGGAUCCUGAGCGCGAUACCUCGGACCUCAUGUUCUUCGUCACCGCGAAUCCGUCUGUCGAUGCUUAUAUUCGCCAGGUGGCGCCACGUGGCCGUGCAAAGGACGCAGGAAGAGGAGGGAUGCCCUCUCUUGACAAAGCAGAAGGGGGCGCCUCGCAUGUUUUCUUGCCUUGUAUCCUUCUGCAAGAUUUCAGUCUCGCGGUUGAGAGCCACAUCGAGUCGCGAGACUUUGCAGUGAGGAGACCGCCAACGGGUCUGAACGAAGACGGCAGUGCGUGGCGUCCGCCGCCUCUGACUGCCGCCGAUUUCCGACUCGCCGGAAUGUCCAGCCUUCGGAAGGAAACAGAGAGCCGACGACUCGACUACCUCCCUCCGCGCGGGGCGAGUCGUCCGGCGCCUUUCGGGGACCGGGGGAGCGACGGACUCCCAGCGUCCUUCUUGGGCUCGCAGCGCGCUGCGGGCGGCGGGCCGCUCAACGAGUGCGAAGUCGGCUGCGAACGGUCGCCCUGUGUUGGCUUUCCCCCGCUUUCGGAUCGAACUAGGGAGAGAAGACACAGCAACGUGGACCCGGGGGGAGAGGAAGGCAUGCGGGACGGGGGGUCUGUGCGGCGAGGCGCGUCAGGAGGCGAGGCGAGGCGUCAGGCGGGCGUGUCCUCGCCGAGACUGGGCGGCGGCUUCAUGUCGCUGGACGAGAGCGGUGGCCUCUCGCGCCACGGGCGGGGCGGAGAGGAUGACGCGUACCCGACGUUCCUUCCGCCCCUCAUUGGAACGGGCUUCACCAAUGAAGCCUUCCUGCGGGACAGCAGUGGCAGCGGAGAGCGGCUGCUGGCAGACACCGUCUUUGGAACGUCCCUCUCGGCGCCGCACGCGUCCGCGAGCGCGGCGAAUCGAACGUGUGGCGGCCCUAUGGGUGGAGGGCGGGGAAGCUCCGGCUCGCUGUCCAGCCCUCCGCCAGCUCUUGCGGCGCUUCUCAACUCGGGCCGACGCAGUACGGCAGGCGGCGUUCUCCUCGGCGAGUCGGGCGCCGCGCCCGACGCCGAGGGGGGCCCCUUUGCUGGAUCUCGACACGGCCUCUGCAACAAAGUCAUGACUGUGGCGGAGCUGGAGGAAAUGCAGCUCAAGAUGCGGCGCCAGCAGGCAGAGGCUGAGGCCGCCGCGAGCUUGGACCGCUUUGUGGGAGGGCCCGGCGCGCGAGGAGCUCUCGGCCGCGGCGUCGAAGAAGACAACAGCCGCAGCGCCGCGGGAGGGUCAGAAGGCACCCAGAAGUCGCCUUUCUUGCUGGCCUCUGGGGGCGCGGGAGGGCACGCCUCCACGCCGCCGGAUGAGAACGCGAGCGGACUUUUCGGAGUUGUGCCUCAGAACUUGGGACACGGCAGGACGGAGGCGACCGGGGGGCGAGGAGGCAACGGCUCUUUCGACGCGGGCGAUUCAGCGGGGUCUCUUGCUGCGAUGCUCCCGCUGCUCCACCGAACUGGAAGGGGCGGCGCAAUGGACAGAGGCCUCGGCGAAGAGAGCAGCGCAGGCGCUGAGGAAGAAUUCCUACUGAGACAGUGCGGCAGCGGCGGCAGUCGAGAGGAACUCCUCCAGCCACACGGAAGACACGCGAACACGCGCAUGUCGGGCGCGGGCCUGACCGAAGUGGAGAUCAAGUGCGAACUGAUUGACGCCAUUGCGAUUGUACAGGAGCUGUCGAGCCGCGUGCGUCUCCUCUGUGAAAACAGCGGGGGCCACGGCGGGGGGUCGCACGGAAGUGGCGCAGGGGGCGGCGCGGGAGAUGCGCUUAUGAAAGAAGACCUCCUCCGCCGAGCGCAGGACUGCGUGACGCGUUGGCGUCAGCUGUUGCUUGUUGCAAACAAGAGACAGCAGCUACAGGAACAAGCAGAGCAACAGCAUAUGCUCCCUGUGGGCAGGGGAGCCGACCAGCUAUCGCUGGCCCCCGAUUGGCAGCUGGCUGCGUCCUCCGGGGCGCCCGCGCACGGAGGCUUGGGUGGCGGGAUGGGUCCAGGACCCGCAUCGGGGCGAGGGGACAGGUCUGCGUCUGAGGGCACUCAGCAAGGUCUUCCCUCAGAGGCAGGCGCAGGGGGGGGCGGCCCAGCGGUUGUUCUGCCCCCGCUGCAAAUGCAGCAGCAGCCCCAUCCGCAGCACCGCGGAGCGCCACCCUCUCUGCCGCCUUCGCGGUGCUGGGUUUCCACAGGCAAUACAGAUGUCGCAGGCCAUCACGCUUCGCCGUCUCUGCACCACCCGUGGCGGGGGCAACCCGACCUCGCCGGUCCGCCUUCUCUGUUCAGUCAGCAGUCGCAUCCGUGGGGAAGCGGCGGCGAAGCGAGCAACGUACGCGGAACUGGAGGAGGAGGGCGCGGGCCCAAUGGGGCAGCCCAGGGAGAAGAUCCUCGAAUGAUGGGUCUCCAUCCUUCUCUUCAGCCGUGGCGUCCCGGCGGAGACAGAGGCUGUGGAUCAGAGCGCUCAGGGACCGAAGAUGACGGCGCACUUCAGCAGGGCGGGCCGCAUCCCUCGGCUUUGCCGCGUUCUCUUCUCCCCCUCCAGCGGCCGGGGCCCGGUAUGCAAGGCGGUAUCCCCCCUGGAGUGGCUGGCGCGGGGCCGGGGGGCAGCGGCCCCGCAGGGGGCUGCCCGCCAGGCCCGGGGGGCGCCGGCGGUCCGAGGGGACUAUAA